GCGCGGAGCCCGUGAGCCGCCUGGCCCCGGCGGAAAGUUUUCCCUGACGGAGUUUUGGCGGCGGCGGCGGCGGCGGCGGCCCGAGCUGCCAUGGACGCGCUCAAGUCCGCCGGGCGGGCGCUGAUCAGGAGCCCCAGCCUCGCCAAGCAGAGCUGGGGGGGCGGCGGCCGGCACCGGAAGCUGCCCGAGAACUGGACAGACACCCGGGAGACACUGCUCGAGGGCAUGCUCUUCAGCCUCAAGUACCUGGGCAUGACGCUGGUGGAGCAGCCCAAGGGUGAGGAGCUGUCGGCCGCCGCCGUCAAGAGGAUCGUGGCCACGGCCAAGGCCAGUGGGAAGAAGCUGCAGAAGGUGACUCUCAAGGUGUCGCCACGGGGGAUCAUCCUGACCGACAGCAUCAGCAGCCAGCUCAUUGAGAACGUGUCCAUUUACAGAAUCUCCUACUGCACAGCAGACAAGAUGCAUGACAAAGUGUUUGCGUACAUCGCACAGAGCCAGCACAACGAGAAUCUUGAGUGCCACGCUUUCCUCUGCACCAAGCGGAAGAUGGCCCAGGCUGUCACCCUCACAGUAGCCCAGGCCUUCAAAGUCGCCUUUGAGUUUUGGCAGGUAUCCAAGGAAGAGAAGGAGAAGAGGGAGAAAACCAGCCAAGACGGAGGGGACAUCCUGGGUGGGGGCUGCCGAGACAGCACCCCUUCGCUGAAGAGCCUGGUCGCCACUGGGAACCUGCUGGACUUGGAAGAGACAGCCAAGGCCCCGCUGUCCGCGGUCAGCGCUAACACCACUCACAUGGACGAGGCACUGCGACCUCAAGACUUAAACAGCAGCAGCGUUGUCUGGGAGCUGGAUGAUGGCCUGGAUGAAGCAUUUUCAAGGACCCAGAUUUCCCUGGAGGUGCCCUUGCUCCUUACUGAAAGUAGUCGGAUCGUUCAUUUCUGUCAUCCUUUGAGCACAGGAGGGCAACACAGCCUCGGGAGAAGACUGUGACAUCCAGCCCGCCUUCCGUGGGGGGCCCAGCGGGCCGGGGCUUGGGCUCCUGGCCCUGGGGGCUCUCAGAGACAGAGGGGCAGCCCCUGACCAAAGACAACACGUGGCAGGCACUUUAAAGCACGCACAGCAGGUGUGGCCCCCAGCUCCUCGAUGGUGCUUCGUUGCGUAGAGCUUUCUUUCUGCCCUUCUUCCGAGAGAUGAGGCCCAGAGUCCCCAUCAGUGCUUGGAACCGGUGUAACUGGCUGCCCUGGACUCCCAGAGUCUGCCUGCGACCGUGGGGUCAUCCGUGUGACCGCCUCCUGCAGAGCUCCCACCCUGCCCUUCCCCCUCCACGGGGAUGAAGGUUUUCCCGCGCUGCUGUUCGGUCUGAGCCCCACCUCCCCAUACUUCCUGAGAUAGUGCGUGAAACCUAACACCUAGAUUUGUUUGCGAAUGUUUGGUUGCCAGUUUCUAGAUGAGGAAACUGAGACCACACGCGUGGAAGGGGUAGAGUCAAGAGUAGAACCCAGAUCUGGUGCCAAAGCUGCCUUCUCACCCACACCUCUCACAACUCACACCUCCUUUUUUCUAGCUUUGUUGCCCUCCCAGGAACCAAAAAGCCCCAGCUAUUUUCUGACCAAAAUGUGUUUCAUAACAAACCAUCUGGUGCCUUUACUCACAUAACUGGCAUGAGCCUGUGUGCCCUGCUGGCUAUCUCGCUGUUGAUUUCUGUGAAAAUGGAAGUGUUUGAAGUCUGCUAAUUCAGAGGGUGAAACAAAACCAAACUUCAUAAGCAUCAUGCUGUUCCUUCCUGAUGCUCCGACCCCAGGUCGGGGACAUACCAGCAGCAGCCUGUCUUCAGAGUCUCCCUUCCUCCCCUUUCACCCCCAUGGGGCUCCCAGCAAAGCCGCCAGCACAUUCUUCAUCCUCAGGUGCCUCCCAGGCCUGGCUUUACCAAGCUUAAGUCUCUGGUGAUAGUUGGAGCAGGUUUCACCAGCCCAGGAAACACACCGUUUCUUAGAAUCUACGUAUCUAAGCAUCUGAAUCAAAACACAGAGACAGGAGUGCCUGGGUGAGAGGUGGGGUGGGAUUGCCUUUAUCACAAUGUGAGGAUAACUUCCUUUCCCUGGCCCAGCUCCUGCACCCCCGCUGCCCACCCCAGAUCUCCUUGGUAUCAGCCCCUGUAUUUGUCGUGAGGCAGCAGGGCUUGGGCCUGACACGGGCCACCCUUGGCACGAGGGUCCAGGAGCCCUGAGAAAGGCUGUGCUGUGUUUGUGUGAGUCUCCAUGGGGCCUUCAUCUGGUCUCUGGCCAACAGUGGUCAGUGUGCUCCCCUUGUGUCUACAGAUAAGUUUUGUUGUGCUUUACUUUGUGUUGCUGUAAAGGAAGUUCUAAUGAGGAAAAAAAUAAGUAAUAAAUGUUCUCUUUUUGAAAUACAAA